AUAAUCCACCCACUUCCUAGAAGCACAUUUAAUAAGCAGGAGGAGCUGAAAACAGGGAAAGUGAAAAUGUUAGGAUUCUUUAAUCGAAUCAUAGAAUGGUUUAAGAGCCUUUUCUGGAAGGAAGAGAUGGAGCUCACCCUGGUUGGCUUGCAAAACUCUGGAAAAACCACAUUCGUCAACGUUAUUGCUAGCGGCCAAUUCAAUGAGGACAUGAUACCAACAGUUGGAUUCAAUAUGAGGAAAGUAACGAAAGGCAACGUUAGUAUUAAACUUUGGGAUAUAGGUGGUCAGCCAAGAUUCCGAAGCAUGUGGGAAAGAUACUGCAGAGGCGUAACUGCUAUAGUUUAUAUGGUGGAUGCAGCCGAUCUUGAGAAAAUCGAGUCUUCCAAAACAGAGCUACAACUUUUAUUGGACAAGCCGCAAUUGACUGGAAUACCAGUUCUUGUGCUUGGUAAUAAAGUGGACCUGCCUAAUGCACUGAGAGAGAGAGAACUAAUAGAGCGAAUGGGUCUCAGUGAUAUUAAGGACAGAGAGAUAUGUUGUUACUCUAUAUCUUGCAAGGAAAGGGAAAAUAUUGACAUCACUUUACAAUGGCUGAUCCAGCAAGCCAAGAAUCAAAAGCCUUGAUUAUAUACCUGGUUCCGACAAAUGAAGACUAAGAGAGCUAAUAAUUAUGUGUUUUGAGGCUGCUGUUCUGUGUGUAUUUUGUAAUAAAAAAUAUUAUGUUUAUCUUUUA